AUGCGAUUCCUUACGCCAUGGAGCCUGUUCUUGUCGUCGCUGACAGUUUGUACUGCGGAGCCGAUCGCAAAGCCAGAGGCUAUGCCGCAGCAGUACACAAAUAAUGCGCCUUUCUCUGGCGCGGUGUAUAUCGUGAAUCCAGAGGGACAGCAAGUUGUCGCACAAGAUCAGAAUUGGUGUCCGUCGUCCGCCUCAGUAAGCUGUAGUAAUGUCGACCAUCCUAGUUGGUGUUGCCCGUCAAAUUACCAAUGCGCCGUUCCCGCCAACUCCAACGGAUUGAUUGGCUGCUGUCCGAACGGAAACCAGUGUGGAGGAGUCGUCAACGUCGCGCAAGUCACUACUGUGACGGUAUACCCUCAGCAACAAACAGUCUACGCUGUGCCACCUCAGACCACGGUGUACCACCAACCAGACCCUGCGCAAGGUGGCUUCUGCGCUACAAUCACCAUGAAUGGGCCCGAUCUACCAAGAGCUGAACAGGGAUCAUGUGGCACAAUCUUGAUCGUUGCGGGAGCCCCAAGCUUGAAGGUGCUGAGCGCGGGUGCGGGCAUCGUUGCAUUCUUUAUGCAUUUUGCGCUGGGGAGAAUGUUUAACGGAGCAUAA